UCGAGGCGUCCUGCUGUGAGGAGCAUGGGCCGCGGGCGUCCCGGAGCCCCGAGCGCUGCCGUCGUCCAGGGCACCGGCGGCAGCAGCGCCGUCAGCAAAUGUUCAGCGGCGGCACAGGGUUACAUCCAGGAUCGGUUCCUGCGGCUCCUGCUGGGGCGGCGGCGGCGGCGGCGGCGAGCCCCGCUUGUCCACCGGGGUUAUUACAUCCGUGCCCGUGCUAUAGAUCACUGUGUUCAAGACUUCCUGCUGAAGACCCAAAGCCACCCUAGGACACAGAUCUUGUCUUUAGGUGCUGGCUUUGACUCAUUAUACUUCCGUUUGAAGGACAUGGGUCUUCUGCAUCACACUGUGGUAUAUGAGGUGGAUUUCCCAGAUGUGGCAUGCCAAAAAGCUGCUCUGAUCAAAAGAAUAGAAGAGUUGUCGGCACUGGUGGGAAGCAGUGAAGGGGAAGGAUUAGGAGCCGUUACCUUUUCUGGAAAGGAUUAUAAAUUACUGGGAGUGGACUUAUCAGAGCUGUCUCAGCUGGAGAGAGUCCUGGAGGAAGCAGGAUUGGACACUGAAAUCACCACCCUCUUCAUAGCAGAGGUGGUGCUCACCUACAUGGAAAAUCACAGGUCUGACGCCCUGAUUCAGUGGGCAGCAGAGCAUUUCUCUCGGGCGUGCUUUCUGCUGUAUGAGCAGAUGCACCCAAGGGACCCCUUUGGACAAGUCAUGCAGCAGCAUUUUAACCAGCUGAACUCUACACUUCAUUCUGUGGCAGAGUACCCUGAUUGUGAGGCACAGCAGAAGCGCUUCUUGGCAAAGGGCUGGACUGAAUGCAGUGUCAUGGAUAUGAAUGAGUUUUUUACCUGUUGUAUUCCAGAAGAUGAGCAGCAAAGAGUGCAGACUCUGGAGCCUUUUGAUGAAUAUGAGGAAUGGCAUCUGAAAUGUGCCCAUUACUUUGUCCUGGCUGCAUCAAAGGGGAUGGAACCUUCCUGGACUCCGCUGUUGCCCAGUAUGACAGUUCCUCAUGGUGCUGUUGAGAUGGCUGGAAGUGUCCCUGCGGUGCGUGCAAUGUGCUCUGACACUUCCGGGUUGAGACGUUAUGGUCACCACUCUGUUCUUCUAAAACGCGAUGUGAUCCUCACCACUGGAGGCUUUGGGGAGGAGGAUGGACAGCACUGCCGGAUGAGGAAUUUUCAUGUGCUAAUAAAACAUGCAGGCUGCUGGAAAGCUGGCUGUGUAAAGAAAGAAAGUACUGAUAAAAGAUGGG